AUGGGAGCGUGGGAACCACAAUCCUCAGCCAAAUGUCAGGCCGAGAUUACCGACAAAGCCGAGGCCGCAGCCGCAGCCGCAGCCCACCGGCAUCGAGUCGAAGCCACAACAAUCACCAUCGCAACAGAAGCAGGAGCAGGAGCAGGAGCAGGAGUCCGCCGCCUACACACGCGCGACGUGGUGGAAACGACCGCUCUGGCGCCUCGAGGCAGCCGGUGGGAGGACGACUCGGGCCCAAGGAAGCAUGGUUCGUCAAGAUCAUCCCGGUUUGACGACCGAGAGGACGCGGGCUCGUCCUGGGGCUCAAGCAGGGGCGGCGAUUCGCGUCGAGGAGGUCGCGACCAUGGCGAUGAUGCCAAUGCCAAUCCCAACACGACCGCGGUGCUACACACUGCGUCUGCCGACAAGUUUGUGUUUGACGCUUCGCAGAUUGCCCCGGCCGACGGCACUGGCGCGUCCGGAGAGGCGGAAAAGAGCGUCGUGCAGCCCAAUUUCGCGCUUUCUGGGGCACUUGCAGCCGAGACCAAUACCUUCAACGGAGUGGUGCUCAAGUACGCCGAGCCGCUCGAGGCACGCAAGCCAAAGAAGCAGUGGCGCUUGUAUCCGUUCAAGGGCGAGCAGUCGCUUGAUGUGAUUCCGCUUCAUACCCAAAGCGCAUACAUGUUUGGCCGUGAUCGCCAGGUCGCAGACAUCCCGCUCGAUCACCCAAGCUGCUCCAAGCAGCAUGCUGUUAUCCAGUACAGACAGAUGCCGCACGAGCGACCAGACGGGACCCAAGUCCUGCGCGUCAAACCGUACCUGAUUGACUUGGACAGCGCGAACGGCACAACGCUCAAUGGCAAGCGCAUCGACCCGCGCCGAUACUACGAGCUCCUUCUCAAAGACAGCAUCUGCUUUGGGCUCAGCUCGCGCGAGUAUGUCUUGCUGCACGACCAGGCGACCGAGGACGCCGAUUAA